UAUUUUUGUUAUGAGAAUAAACAUAAAUUCUAUAAUAUUUAAUUGAUCAACAGAUCAAUUCCAGCUUGUCAAAGGAAUUCAUUUAUGGCCUUCCCUCCUUGCAUUUCCCUCUCCACUUUCUCUGUGACGUACAAAAGGCAGAAGGCCGAAAGGGAAGAGAAAAGCGGUGAGAAAAAGAACAAUCCAUUGAAGUUGGUAGCCCUCGACAGAAAAAGGCAAUUCCUCGCUGGCCAAAUCGACGAAAAUCAGGUCUAGAGACAGAAGGAGAAAUGGUGGAGAUGCCAAUUCCUUUUGGUCCAUGGAGGACUUUUUUAUAAUGAGCGACCCACGCAUAUGCCUUUGAUGGAUAUCCACCGAUUUUCUUUCCUCUUACGUUGUAUUUGAAUGUAAAAGUUUAGCAGGCGAGCGCAUGAAGUUGGUGGAAGAGAUGUGUCUUCAACUUAUUUGAUGGUGAAGUUGAUAUCCGCAUUUUGGGAAGAGAAGACGGAUCAUUUAUGAAAGUCCGGUGGAUCCGAAAAGAAGAAUCAUGCAUCCAAUUGUUUGUUUGUUGCUUAUGUUCUGAAAUUUGUUCAGGGCUGCCUUUUUGUUUUGUCUAAAAGCUGCAUCGAUUUGGAAUUUCAGUUCCCAGUGCAUUGAAUCGCUGAAGAAGGAAGCAAAUUAAGCCUUCUCUUUAUCGCUUUAGAUGCACUUGAUUAAACUUUAUGAGGAUGAUUCAAGAGAAGCUGUUGUUUGAUUAAAGUUCGGAAGAGAAUUGUGGGAUUCGAUCGGAAGCCAAGAAAAAUUUUCUGAAUCCUUACCACCUUGAAGAAUAAAAGCAUCUCACAGACCAUAGCUUCCCACAAAGUUGUAGAAGAACAGCAAGCACUGAUAUUGGAUCUAUCUCAUUAGCAUCUCCUGUAAAAGGCUUAUAUUUCAGUAGUUGCAGCUUGACGCUAAUUAUGGCCAAGAAAUCUCACAAACGCUCUCCACGAUUGAGAAAGGAAAAUUCAAGUUGUAUGGGAGGUUUCAUCAGCAUGUUUGAUUUUCGUCAAGGGCGUUCUUCUAGGUUGCUAUCAGAUAAGAAGUGUGGGAGUGCUAGAGAUUUAGGCACUAGUUAUCCAAGCAACAAAGAUGAUCUCCCAGGUAAAAACGAGGAAAAUCAUGGGGACUCUGAGAAUCUGGCCAACUUAUCUGAUGGUGAAGCUGAUGAAACUGACAAGGCUAAUUUGGGUGUGACCAGUAUUAAAGCGCUCAUGGAGGAGGAAAUGUCAAGAAUGCACUACCCCAGGAAGGAAUCUUCUUCCAAAAUUGAAUGGUUAAAAGCUGAGUUGGAACUCGAAGCCAUUUCUGAGAAAAGUCAUAAUGAGCAAUCUAAGAAUAGUUUGGUAGGCUCUGAUGAUCAUUCCAAUGAAUUAAAUUUUUCUACGAGAUUGACAUCCCAACAGUCUGAUUAUCCAAAUGUAUCAGAGCUGCUUUCUUCAGACAUAGAUGUGGCUGCAUUCAUGGUAGAUUACUGCAGCACUAGAGAUCAGUAUCCUUCCCGAGUAAGCAUGGAAGAUCUCCAAAAAAGUGAACUAGACAACGAAGAUGUGACUAUUCUGCAGAAGGCCAUUGUUGAUAUAGCUAAGGCACUUUUACAACAAAAAACUUCCAAUUCAAGCAAGCUUGUUGGAAACACAGAGGUCCAGCGAGCAGAGGAAUUCAGCAAUGCAUUAGAGAUGCUGAAUUCUAACAAGGAUUUAUUCCUAAAGCUUCUUGGAGAACCAAAUUCACCCAUCCGCAAGCAUAUUGAAAACCUCCAGAAUGUUCGCAUUCCACCUUCGAAACUCGAUGAAAAUCAUUUGUUUAGGGAACUUCCAGGAUCAAAGCAGCAUCAGAAACAAAGUGGCCACCAUCUCUUCAGGAGAAGAGAGAAAUUAACAGUAGCAAGCCAAUCAAAUGAAUGCACUGAUGCUAAAGUUGUAAAUAGAAUUGUUAUUCUGAAGCCUAGUUUUGUCAAAAAUCAAAAUCCUUCAAAUACAGUUAAUACAAAAUCUUCUAUUCAAUCGCAUUGUAGCGUUGAAAACAAGGAAGAUGGAGAAGAGCUUUCAUCCCAUUUUUCACUCAAAGAAAUUAAAAGGAGAUUCAGAAAUGCAGUUGGUGGAAGCAGAAAGGAGAGACUCUCAAUCGCCAUGGAUGGCAUUCUUCAUAAGAUUCCAUAUGGUAAACAGACGAGCAGCAAGAAUGAAACUUCUUGUAGAAGAGAGGCCCUUGAAAGCGAAGAUCAAAAGAAAUCAAAUAACAAAGAAAUUCAAAACAAAAAUGAACUAACAUUUUCUACCAAAAGUUUUCGUGAACACAAAAAUUUGAACAAGAAUGCUGCUCCGCAAAUCCUGUACAGAGAAGCUGCCUUCUAUGAUGAAGCCAGGAAACAUCUUUCUGAGUUACUUCAGAUGGAAAGUAAAGUUGAAGCAUUGCCUGCUAUUCAGGUAUCAAAAUCCUUGGGAAGAAUACUCUCUUUUUCAGGAUUUAACUACUUUUCCCCAAGGCUAAGCCCGGCAAGAGAAAAAGAACCCGAGUCUCCUCAGGAAAAGACAUCAGUACUUCUAUGUCACUCUAAUCAAAAUGUUGAUACUAAAUAUUUCAACUCAUCAAGACAUAAAGAGAGCUUCCCUACUACUAACAAUAGCCAGGAGGCAAAAAAUGGGAGCAUGAUAAUUACAGAAAUUGAAGAUUGCAUGCAAAUUGAAGAAGGUAGCCACGUAGAAGUACAAUUUGUAUCCAUUAGCAAUGAAGAUGAUCUUCCUAGUGAAAUUUUCAUGGAAGAAGGAUCUUCUAUGCUACUAGAGCCAGUAAAAUUUGAGGAGAUGUUUCAACCAUCAACCUCCACUGCCUCUAGUUCUUCUGCACUACAAGAACCAAGAGAUACAGAAUGUGCCAUAGAUAAUACUGGCCGUCCAAGUCCAAUUUCAGUUCUUGAACCCCUCUACUAUGAAGAUGUAAACAGCCCUGCAAGCGUGAUAACAGAGCAUGAGAUCAAUGCUGAUAGUAAAACGCAGCCUAGAGAACCUCAAAUUGAUACUUCUGCAGCAGCUUCAGGCUCCAUAGAUUCUGAAGUAAACACACUAACAUGCAUGGAGUUUGAUGAAGCUUCAUUAUUUGAUGAACUGGAAAUAUCAUAUGGUUUUCUGAUAAAAGAUCCAAAGUUCCUCUUUGAUUCAAUCGAUGAGGUGGUUACAGAGAUCAAGCAAAGGCAUUUCAGUUGCUCCCCUUGGGUGUCGCAUAUAUGGCCAAGCAUUAGACCGCUACAAAAACAAGAAGAUUUCAUAAAUGAAGCAUACAAAAGGAUCAACUGGCAUUUAGAUGUACAGUUUCCAAUAACAAUGGAGCAGGCUGUAAAGAAAGAUUUUCAUGGUGGAGCCUGGUUUAAUCUUCAGCUUGAAGCUGAAGAUGCUGUUGCUGAGAUUGGAAAUGAGAUUCUAGAUUAUUUGUUUGAAGAAACAGCGCUGGAGUUGUGGGAUUGAUAUGCAAUAAUGUCAAAUACUGAACAAGAGAAGCUACAUCCGGUUAGCAUAUAAAUAAUUAAUCUGAACAUUAUUAAGUAUCAGAAUAGCAGUGACUGUAGAGACUGGAUUUGCUGGUGGAGUAGAGGAUACUCGUCCUGAUGAUUCUCAGUGUUCAGCAUAUAAAAUGGAUGUAGCUUUUGUAGAGUAUUUGAAUAUGAUAUUCUUUUUUUUUUUCUUUUUUUUAUAGAUACAUGCUGUGGCUCAUCAUUUGUAGUUUAGAACCUUUUGGUGAGUUAUUGGUGAUUGUGAAAAUGGAAGAUGCUUGGAAUUCUAAGGUG